UCGACUCAUCGUACUUGAUGCACGAACGGAACACAACGUAAACGCGAGAGAAAGAGGUGCGGUGUUGCGUGAUUGCGAGUUGUCUGCGAGUUGUCCGAGCGUGUGUGUUUGUUAUGUUGUACGAAGAAAAUUGUUGAAACAAUAAGUCCUUGGUGUAAAAAGGUAGCGAGGGCCAAGAAGAAAUAGAGUGCAAGAGCGAGCAAACGGGAUAAUUGAGCGAACGAGUGAGAGAGAGAGAAAGAAAGAGAGAGAGAACGAGGAAGAAAAAAAGAACGUAGGACGCUGCAUAAACUGGUUGAAAUAACUACACUACUGUGGCUGGAGAAAAAAUGUCAUCAUACAUUCAGGUUGCCGAGGACGAGGGUGAAGAACCCAUAGAAUUACCAACUGAAGAUGAUUCUACACUCUUAUUAACCACUCUUGCUGCCCAAUUUCCCGGUACCUGCGGUCUCAAAUACCGCAAUCCAGAGUCUAGAGCGAUGCGGGGCGUACGACUCGUCGAUGGUCGUCUUCAUCCGCCAGAAAAUGGCUGGGGAAAAGCCGUCUAUGUCUGCGUAUUUCCAAAAGAAAAUAAACGCAAGUCUGAUGAUAACUUGGAAAACUCAACAGCUAAAACCAAGAGAAUGGAAACCAAGUUACGUUGCACUGAUCUCAUUGUACUUGGAUUGCCGUGGAAAACAACCGAACAAAAUUUGAGAGAGUAUUUCGAAACGUUUGGAGAAGUGUUGAUGGCACAGGUAAAAAAAGACGCUAAAUCUGGACAAAGUAAAGGUUUUGGAUUUAUAAGAUUUGGCAGUUAUGAAUCUCAACUUCGGUGCUUAGCUCAACGGCACAUGAUUGAUGGUCGAUGGUGUGAUGUUAAGGUUCCUAAUAGCAAGGAGGGAAUGAUUCAGCAAGUACCCUGCAAAGUAUUCGUGGGCCGCUGUACAGAAGACCUAACUGCCGACGAUCUACGUGACUAUUUUUCAAAAUUUGGAGAAGUUACAGAUGUGUUCAUCCCCAAACCAUUUCGCGCAUUUUCAUUUGUAACUUUUUUAGAUCCCGAGGUAGCACAGUCACUUUGUGGUGAGGAUCAUAUAAUAAAAGGUGUAUCAGUACACGUGUCAAAUGCAGCACCUAAAUCAGAGGGCAAUAAUCGUAACUUCAACAAUCAAAUGAAUUCAAAUAUGCGAGGUCGUGGUAUACCCGGUCCAAUAGAUAAUAAUAUGCAAGGAAAUUACCAAGGAAACCGUUAUAUGGGCCAUUCUGGUAAUAACAUGGGCCCAAACGGCUGGAAUAAUCCUGGUAAUCGUGGAAAUUUGGAUAUGCCAAACCUUCAAGCACUAGGCAUUACUGGACAAAAUAAUGGAGGUGGUGGUGGAGGUGGCAUGUCAAAUCCUCUUGCCAUGGGUGGUAUCAACCUGUCAGCAUUACCUGUCAAUCCAGCCCUUGUUGCUGCAGCUCUCAAUCAAGCCUCCUGGGGUUUGAUUGGUAAUUUACAGAAUCAAGGCAAUGAUCAAGGCUACUCAAAUCAACCUGGACCACCUGGACAACCUCCAUCUGGAAAUAAUAGCAUUGGAAAUAGCAGUAACUCUGGUUUUCUAAGUUGGAUGAAUCAAGGUGGUGGGGGUGAUGGAAACACUGGUAAUCCUGGAACUGGUGGACUUGGACCAAAUAAUCCAAAUGCUUCACAAGGUACUUGGCAAAAUCAUCCAGGUCAACGUGAUGGAAAAACGAAUGCGUUUAAGUACGAGUAAAUUCGGCCGGGACUCUGAAUCUACUCGUAAAAGACGGGCGCGUUCCCUCAGUCCCGAUACAUUGGUAUCAAAGAAUUGCAAAGGUCAUAAUUUUUAUGGUACAAAGCAAAUGACAAACAAAACCGGGGCUCUUGUCAUUCGUGAAAAAUAAUUAACGAGCGAUCAGAGUGAGCAUAAUAAUAAUUAAAUAAAUUAAAAUGCAAAUAAUAUAUUAAAUUAAUAAAACACCAAUCAUAUUAAUGAUAAAGAUGCUAAUAAAGAAAAAUAACUACGACCACUAAAAGAAAUUUUUAAAAAUAAUUAUAAAAUGAAAUAUACAAAUGAUAGUAACAGAAAUGAAUUCAUCUGAAGGUAUCUUUCACGAUUUCAAUCCUCCAGUUAUUCAAGUACAAACAAAUCAGUGUUUGUAAUAUUAAUAUUUUUUUUUUUUUAAAUAGUUUUUAGUGUAUUAUUUUGUUUCAGUUUUUAAUGUAAAAUGUUUCGAUUUUACUUGAGUUUUUAUUUCCUUACUGAUGAAAUGCUAACUAUAAUAAUCAUUAUAACUACAGUAAUGAAAAUAAUAUUAGUUUUUUCCACAUAUCUUUAUGAGCUUGACGAAUUAUCAUUGGCACAAUUAAUCACAAAUUAUUUGUUUGCACAUAUAGCGGUUAGCUUCGAUCAUCAAGAUUUGCAUUACCUUUGCCAUAAAUGUGUUUUAUAUGGAACGCCAAAAAAAUAUUUGAAAAGUUCAUUAAGAAAAUAUUUAAUAUAAUGUGAACGGAAUAAACAAACGUACGAAUUGAAAAUAUAAAUGACUAAAAGAAAUAAGUUAUUAAACAAAUAUUAUAUAUAAAUAUAUAUAUAUAAUAUUUGUGUGUAUAUAUAUGAUAUGGUAUAUGAAAUGAUCAAACUUAAGUGGAAAAAAUUAAAUCCAAUGAAUGUGAAUGUAUAUUAGCGUUCAAGAAAGAUAUGUACGAUUCUCAUACUAAAGCGGCGUAUAUGUGCUUGAAUUAAUUGAUUGUAUUGCAGUGUGUUUAAUAUUUAAAUGAGCGGUAUGUCGAUGUAAUGUGAUGAAUACAACUUAGAAAUAUCUUUUCACCUAAACAAAAAAUAAAAACAUUGAAAUGCGUGUAGAAAGAUUGAAUAAUUAAUGAAAUUACUGAAAUGUUAAUGAACUUAUCAGAGAAUGAAUUAGUAAGACAAAAGAAUAAAAAAAGAAAAUGCUGUAUAGAAUAGUCUAUAUAGUUGUUUGCAAAUUAAUGAGUGUAAAAUAAUUUUACAAUUAACUAAAAUUACAAAAGAAUAAACAAAUUGUCUACUAUUAAUUAUUGAAAAUAAUGUGAGUGUAUCGAUUAUUAAUUAAUGCCUUUAGUAAUAGUUAUUUUAUUUAUGAAAGCUUACUUGUAUACAAGCUUAAAGAAAAAAUAGGCAAAAUAAUUAAUAAAUUAUGUCACAUUGUAUUAAUUCUGAAAUUUCAUCUCAAAGUAUCCAUUGAUUGGUUUAUAUUUACACCAAGAGAUUUAUACAUAUAUACGAUUUUUUUUUUUUUUUUCAAAUUAAUUUUGAACUAAAAGUAAAUAUUAAUUGUCUCAAAAUGAGCAUUAGAAUCACAUAGAAUUAAUUGGUAUACACUUGAAUGUUUGAUAAAAUAGAAUGUGUAAAAUAGUAAAAAAAAAGAAUGAUUUAAUAGAGAAUUGUGAACAUCAUUGUGUUCCUUUGCUGGAAUUUAAGAAAGCAUUGAAUCAAAUGGAACUCUUUUUCAAAUUAAUCUUCAACAAUAUAUUGAAAUUAAAAACUGCUUCUUCAUUAAGUAAUAUUUGUAUUUAAUAUUAUUAUAUGUACUGAUCAGUGCCAGUUGCAAUAUUUAAAACAAAUGUUAUUCAAAGUGCUCGAGAUUAUUAUAUCAAUUAUUAUUUGUUCUAUCUCCAUUGCAAUACAAAAAUUAUGAUUAUUAGAUAUUAGAUAAGGGGAUGCAUAAUUAGAUUGAUCGCAGCUACCCAAAAGUCCUGUUUGUAAUUCUAAUUUUCAAUCGUAGAUAUUUAGUACACAUUAUAGAUUUUUGUGAAUGAAUAUUCACCCUGAUAUGCAGGAGUGUUACUAAAACCAGUAAAUUAAAAUCAUCGUUAACAAUUAUUAUUAUUAUUAUAAAGAAAAAACGAGAUGAAUAGAAGAUAUAUUACUCACUUGAUUGGUUGUGUGUGAACAAAAAUAUUUAAAUUAACAAUUUGUGUGCAGUGUCUUUUUAAUUGAAUGGUUCGAAAGUGAUUAACGAUAUAUUUUUUAAUAUUAUUAUGUUUUCUUUUGAUUUUAUAUCAAUUUGUUUAUUAAAAAAAAAAACAAAAAACGCGAUUUAUUUUUCUGAAUCAUUAUUGUAAAAUGAUAAAAUGAAAAUUUGGCUCAACAAACAAAAUAUUAAAAUGAAUUAACAGAUAUUCAAAUGAUAAUAUCAAGGGAUUGUUAAUAAGUAAAGACUUUAAACGUUUUAUUAUUAAUAUAAUUAUUAUUUACACAUUUGAGUAGAUGACUAUAUUCACAAUUUGCAAUUCUCUUAGUCAAUAACUUAAAUAUAACGAGGUGUCGAUAAAUGGCUUGAUAUGAGUAGAAAAUAAGAGAGCAAACGUUAGAGAGAGAAAGAGAGCGAGAGAGAGAGAGAGAAAGUAAGAGAGAAAGGCAGAAUGAAAAAAAACUAAGAAAUAAAUAAUUAAAUAAAAGAAGUGAAACCAUUACGUAAAGUCUUAUAUUGCAUUGUUAAUAUUCAUAUUAACCACUUAAAAUCACUGAUUAUUCUAUGAGUAAAUAAUUAUUGAAAAAUAAAUACUUCUUAUACGUGAUUGUGUGUGGUGUUUGUGUCUUUUUUUCAGGAGUGGGAAAAAUUGAUGGGAUAUAAAUAUCUAUAUAAAAAUAUAUUUUAUUUAUUUUAUUUUAAAUUUUUUAGAUGGAUUAAGUCAUAUACUUUGAUGAUCAUCAUUAAUAAUUGCCAAUUAUUGAAUUUUUAUCAUUAUAAUUAACAUUUAAUUUAUUUAAUUAAUUAAUUUAUAUCAUUUAAAAUAUAAGCGGAGGGUUAAUUCUUUAUCCGAAUGAUGUAUUCCUUCAUGGUGAUUGAAGAUUCAUUAGUGGCUGACUGGAUUGAAAUAUUAUGUGAGUAUGAAUCGGUUGAAUGUAGUUGUUAAUUGUCGUCUGAGAACUACAGAAGUGAACGUUUGUCUGAGCUAUUGAAAUAAACAAUAAUGAUAUAGUGAUUACAAUGAUUAUUAUUAUCAUUACACAAUAUAUGAAAAAAUUAACAAAAAGUAUAAUGAUGAUUUUUAAAAACGUUGAAAAUAUGAAUGAAGUUGUAAUUUUAACUAAUGAAUUAACGAGUGAAGUCAAAGGCAUGAUAGUUUUUUUAUUGAGUGUCGGCGCAUUUUUAAUUGGACUGCGUGUGUUCGAAUCAUAUUUAUUAAUUUUUUUUACUUGACAUAAUAUUUAAUAAUUUUCAAUAAUAAUAAACAUAUAUUUGAGUGUUUUAUACAAAUACAGUGAAGCGUGAUAGCGCCGCGCAUAAUACGAGAGAAUUGAUUAUCAAACUAAAUAAAAAGAUUAUAAGAACAAGCAACAACGCAAUUAUUUAUGAAAAUAAAUUGUUUAGAAUUUAUAAAACAAUUGUUGAACUAUCAUAAUGCGAAUGACAACUAAUAGACAAAAACUGUAGUUUAAGACAACUUUUAACAAACAUUUAGAACCGCUAGAAAGCUUGAAAUUACGAUUCCGGUCCCUUCCAAACCGUUUACAAAAGUUAAUAAAUAACAUUAAUAAACACAUUAAUAAAAUAGUAAAUUUUAAUAUGAUAUUUCGAUAAAUAAAAAUUGUCAAUAUCUUUUAUGUUGUUGAAAAAAUUAAUCAUAUUUAAUUUUUUUAUUUCUCAUUUUAUGAUAAUAAUCCUUUUAAACGAACCAAAAUAUCUGAGACACAUGUAAUUUUUUCAUUUUUUACUAAUACACAUAAUAAUAUACUAAGUCACUUAUAGGAUUAGGAGAGAUUAAGAAAAAAAUUGUUGCUCAAAAGUUGCCUUGCUAAAGCGAUUUGGAAGUGAUCGUAUGGAACUUGUAAAUAUCCAUGAUAAAUUUUUAUGUUCGUUAUUAAUUAUAAACUUGAAAAGUUUUAUUACAUCUUAUUGUAUUUGCGAAACCUUUUCAAAAAGGGAUAAAGUGAGAAAAAAAAUGGAAAAGCGAAAGGACAUAAAGAGUUAGAAAAAUAAAAUUUUAAAUGAAUUCGUAAAAAAAAAAAAGUGGCUUUUGUAAGUAUAAUGUGUAAACAAUUUAUUUGAUCAACGAAAAAAAAAAGUUUAUGUUGCUGGUUAAAAUAAUUUCAUGACAAUUGAAUUUUUUUUAGUUAAAUAAUAAUUAUGUUUUAAUCACAAUUUUAUCGAUUGUAUCCAAAUAAUCAACAAAUAUUCACUAAUUUUAUAGAAAUCAACAGAUGAAAAAAAAAAUGUAAAUAAACUGUUCAUAGUUGUUUUAUAUGUUUAAUUACAAUGACUAACGUUGAAAAUUAUGAUUGUAUUGAUUGAAAUAGGUAUUCCUCUUAUCUUAAAUUCUGAAUAAUAAAACAAUUGAACAUAAGUCAGUAUGUAAUUAUUUCAAUGAAGAUCUUAAUAAACAUGUAGCAUAAACAACAAUUGAGUUUCAACGAAAUUCAUUUUUGAAUAUGAUAAAAAUAGACUGAAUACGGAUUGUUAAAUCUAGAAUUGCAUUUACACAUACACAAACACACACAUACAUAUAAACACUUUGAAGUAAAUUGUGUGUAGAUAUGAUGAUGUCGCCUAAGAUGUUUUAAAAUAAUUAGAUAAAAAUUAUUUAAAUGAUUGUGGCCACGAAUAAAUUUCAAUAAUGCUUAGUAAAUAUUUAUUGAAUAAGAAAGAUGCAAAGAAUUAUUUAUUUGCGAUGAAAGUGUGCAGAAAGAAUUUAGUUAAAAAACAAAGAAUAAAAGAGCAUAAACAAGCUAUUGAUAUAGAAAUUAUUUAUUUAUAGUGGAAUAGAUAAGAAUGUGUGAGAGAUCAAAAUGUUUUAGUGAAUAUUAAAAUUAUCACGUUGCAAUAUA